GGAAAUGGGACUCGCGACUAUAUAACAACCCUUCGCAGACCACACCAUCUUCAACAGGAUCCCCCACCAGUCCGACCGUGACUUCCCAUCUUAACUGACAGUUGCAUAUCAUGUCGUCCAGAGGCCCACGAUUCUCGAGGUUCUGGGCAGAAUCUGUGCCCCCUCCACCGGCUACGAAGCUCGGUCGCCACAGGCAACUGGCACCUAACGCUGGCAUCCAUGUCUCUCCGCUCUGCCUCGGUGCCAUGAGCAUCGGCGAGAAGUGGGGCCCGCUGGGAAUGGGCGAGAUGACCAAGGAGCAGAGCUUCAAGCUCCUGGAUGCAUUCUAUGCGGCGGGCGGGAACUUCAUCGACACCGCAAACAACUACCAGGAUGGCGAGUCGGAACAGUUCAUCGGAGAGUGGAUGGAGACGCGCGGUGUGCGCGAUCACAUGGUGGUAGCCACGAAGUAUACGAGCAACUGGAAGCGCGGUGCGGACCUACCGCAGAAGACUAGCUACGUCGGGAACAACAUGAAGUCGCUCUACCUAUCCGUCGAGAAAUCUCUUAAAGACCUUCGUACGAGCUAUAUCGACAUCCUCUACGUCCAUUGGUGGGACUGGACAUGCGGCGUUGAGGAGGUCAUGAACGGUCUUCACCACCUCGUCGCCGACCGCAAGGUGUUGUAUCUUGGCGUCUCUGACACUCCGUCUUGGAUCGUUGCCAAAGCGAAUAUGUACGCACGCUUGACGGGAAAGACACCUUUUGUAGUGUAUCAAGGUGCCUGGAGCGUUUUGCAGCGAGACCUGGAGCGCGAGAUCAUUCCUAUGGCGCGUGCGGAAGGUAUGGCCAUUGCGCCGUGGAAUGUGCUCGCCGCAGGCAAAAUUCGAACGGAUGCGGAGGAGGAACGCCGACGUCAAUCCGGAGAACAUGGUCGUAAGAUUGCGAGCGAUGCCUGGGAGCGUACACCCGAGCAAAGGGAGGUCUGCAAAGUCCUCGAGAAGAUCGCCGGCGAGGUCGGAGCUAAGAGUAUCGCUGCCGUCGCGAUUGCAUAUGUCAUGCAGAAGACACCAUACGUAUUCCCAAUCGUGGGUGGGCGCAAAGUCGAACACCUGAUGGACAACAUCAAUGCUCUCGACGUCAGCCUCAACGAAGAGCACAUCGCGGAGGUCGAAGAUGUAUUGCCGUUUGACCUGGGCUUCCCUCAGAACAUGUUUGGCGAUGGCUCGUGGUAUGCUCCAAUCUAUCAGUCAGCAGGCCAGUUCGAAAAGUGGCCUCGCCAGCAGGCAAUCCAACCUGCUGGAGGUAGCUGAUACAGUCUGUCACUGAGAGAAGCUGUGUAUAUUACUGGGGUGCUCAUGCCUAUCUAGCAGUGUAUGACAUGCAAUCCAUAAUGUACCCAGAUCAAUGACAUGGCUGUCUAGGCACCUUUCUCUCUCAGGCAUUGCUGGAGUACUUGAUAACAAGUA